UAUCAAACGCCAGCCGGGUGACGCGAGUCAGCUCAAUGCCCCGCGAUCGGCUUUGCCCCCUAAAGCGUGCCCCCGAAAAAGGAGCGCCCCCAUCUCGUUCCUAUCGAAUAUAAAUGCGAACCGAACAACCCUGCGGGUUUACUUCGUUCGCAGCAACCGCGGUGAAAGGACGCCUCUCGUUCAACGCCCGAUUUCGUUUCUUCGACCGGACUUCGCCACUAACGAAAAUAGCCAUGACCUCCGCAGUUGGCACGACCCGCCUGCUAUUCCUUGCAGUUGCCCUCACAACCGUGCUGCUCAUGGCAGCUCUACUUGUAGCUGAAGCCGCGGCCAGGCAGUUCUGCUCGCCCAACGGAGACGUGUGUUUCGGCCCCCUGGAUUGCUGUUCGCGGCAGUGCGUCAACGCAGUGUGCUGCGACGAGCUGCUGGGAACCUGCCCCUUCGACUACUACGGUGGCCCUUACUGGAAGCGUGGCUCCAAUGCCGUCACCCCCACGGUGGCCACGACCGAACCGGAGGAAUCUUCAACAACCCCGGCCCCCGAAAGCUCCACUCACGAGGAGGAGCCCGAAGAGUCCUCGACGCCGGACUCUCGGUAGACCGUCACUCUGGUGCCGACAACGCAUAUGCCGCGCUGAAGAUCCAUCGUUUGUCGCGGCAGUUCUCGCUAUGCCGUACAUGUACAUGACAGAAAU